CGCGCCCCGCCUGUCCACCCGCGCGGAGUGCUGCGUCGUGCCGACGAGAACGGGCUGACGCCGUCACGCGGCGCUGUGACAUGGUCGCCCAGAAGCGGGACGGCACCACCAGCAAUUGGCGGCGGCCACCAGGGGCGCUCGGGUCGCGGGAUCAGUCAGCGGACGCGGGCGGCAAGCGGGCGCAGCAGCGGAGCAGUAACCGGCGUUGGACGCACAGCAUGGUGGCCUCUGCAACAUGCGCGCGCGCUCUGGCGGUCAGCGGCGCCCUGGUGCUGCUGGGCGGUGUGUUGGCGGUCACGCUGCACCAGCGGCUGUUCGACGUAAUCCUCGACAAGAAGCUGGAGCUGACACCAUCGUCGGAGGGCUACAGCUUCUGGCACACGAUGGACGUCCCCAUCUACAUGAAGUUCUACUUCUGGAACGUCACGAAUGCUGAUGACGUCAUUGGUAAAAAGGCGAAACCAAUUCUGGAGGAGCUGGGGCCAUACGUGUACAGCGAGAAGCACCUGAAGGUGAACAUGACCUGGAACGACAACGGCACGGUGACGUACAUGCAGAUCAAGACGUGGCAUUUCGAGCCGGACAUGUCGGUCGGCAGCCGGGACGACAACAUCACCACGCUCAACGUGCCGUUGCUGGCGGCCGCCGCCCUGAUCCGGGACCUGAACGACUUCAUGAAGGUCAUGUUCAACGAGAUGGUGAACUCCGUGGAUACAAAACCAUUCGUAACGCGCACGGUGCGUGAGUUCCUGUUCGACGGCUACGACGACCCGCUACUGGAUGCCGCGUCCGUGCUCAAGUACCUGGUCAACAUCUCCAUACCGUUCGACAAGUUCGGUUGGUUUUACGGCAGGAACGGCACCAACUACUACGACGGCGUGUUCAACAUGGACACGGGCCGGACGGUGUCCCAGCUGGGUGACCUGCACUUCUGGAACAACACCAACACUACGACGGCGUUCGACGCGCCCUGCAACAUGGUCAACGGCUCGGCCGGCGAGCUCUUCCACCCGCGGCUCGACAAGACGUACAUCGAGCUGUACUCGACAGACAUCUGCCGGUCACUCCGCGUUCCCUACAAAGAGCCGACAUCCAAAUACGAGUUAGGCGGUAACAGGUACCAGGCUGAUGAGAUGAUGUUCGCCAGGCCCGAUACGAACCCCGACAACUGGUGUUUCUGCAACGGAGAAUGCCCCCCUGCAGGGCUGCUGAACGAGACGCUGUGUCGGUUCGGCGUGCCGGCCUUCGUCUCCUUCCCGCACAUGCUGUACGCCGACCCGGCCGUCAUCGGCCAGACGGUGGGCCAGCGGCCCAACGAGUCGCUCCACAACUUUCACAUCGACCUGGAGCCGCUGACGGGGGUGCCGCUCUCGGUGCGCGCCCGGUUCCAGAUCAACAUGCUGCUCAAGCCCAACAGUGACGUGACGAUCCUUUACGACGUGCCGACCGUGUACCUGCCAAUGCUCUGGUUCGACAACGCCGUGGACACGACGCCCGACAUCGCCGCCCAGUUCGUCACCAUCGUGGAGACGGUGCCGACGAUCAUGUCAGCCAGCAGCUUCGCGCUGCUGGGGCUGGGCGCUGCGCUGCUGGUGUGCGCCGCGCUGCUGCUGGUGGCGCUGCGCUCGCGACAGCCGGCCCGGAGUGGAGCCGCGUACCAGGGCCAGGAGUUCUCGCCGCGUGGGAUGAGCCGGACGGCCAUGUCGUCCGUCAUCACCAGCGCCAGGAACAUGAAGCCGGGUGGACGACCUUCCGUGGCGCACGGGCACCCGUAG